AUGAGCAGUGUUACUGAAAGUCUGCCAGGAUCUACAUAUGAUCCAGAAUUUAAACAGGGGGAUAGCAACACAAACAAAAAUAGAAAAAAUGAUAAAAAUAAGGCCCAGUGGGAUAAUAUAGAUAGCAAAAGCACAGAGGACUAUUUUAGAGAAUUAGAUGUAAAUUGGGAGCAAUCUGCAAGAA